AUAGCAUCGGGACAUCUUCGGAGACCUCAGAUCUGAUGAACAUAAACGAGGCAACGACAUUGGGUGCAAUUUCAACCGGAAUUGGCUACGCUCAAUGUCAAGAGUUUUUCAAUGUUUUGCAAGUACCAUUUAUGCGACAAGAAACAUUUAAAAAAGCAUUUUGUAAAGUAGCCGAUGUUAUUCAUGAAACAGCGUCAAGUUCAAUGGAAAAAGCAGCAGAGGAAGAAAAGCAAUUAGCUAAAGAAGCAGGAGAUAUAGAUGAGGACGGAGUGCCAUAUAUUACUGUAAUUGCUGAUGGAGCCUGGAGCAAAAGGUCUUACGGAUUAAACUAUGACGCUGCGUCUGGGGUUGCCUGUAUUAUCGGACAGCGAACGUCUAAACUCCUGUAUUUAGGAGUAAGAAACAAAUAUUGUACAAUUUGUACCAUGGCUGAUAGGAAGGGGGAAACCACGCCACAACAUGUUUGCUCACGAAAUUGGACAGGAACCUCGACAGCAAUGGAGAGUGACAUAAUUGUGGAAGGUUUUCGAUGUAGCAUUGCUAUGUAUGGUUUGAAAUACCUCAAACUUGUAGGGGAUGGUGAUAGCAGUGUUCAUCGAAAACUUUUGGCAAUAAAACCAUACGGAAGUAAGUUAGUUCAGAAAAUAGAGUGUCGCAACCAUCUACUAAGAAAUUUCUGUAAGAAAAUAAACGAAUUAUGCGGUAAGUAGAAAAUAUUUAGUGAUUGUAUUAUUAUAAAAUAAAAGAAGGUAAUUGAAUAAUAAUAUUUAC